CCGCCUAAAAUUUUCACUCAACUCUCAAAACAACUCCGUCUCUCUAUCUCAUCUCGCGCACCUCUCUCUCACCCCUCUCUCUCUCACGCCUCUCUUAUUUCUCUCUCGCACCACCCUCUUAAUCUUCUUUGUCUCUCACGCAAGGCACUUCUGUUUAGAACAUACGUUUAAUUGUUUCAAUUACAUCUCAAUUGCGAAUUAGGGCUGUCGAAUUUGGGGGUUUUCAGUUCUGAGUUCAAAUUAAGACUUAUUAACUCAAACUUCUUCGACUAAUCGCUCUCUUUCUUUGUUUGUAGGUACGAUUUGAGUUAUUGGGAUUCAAUAUGUGUUAAGGAAAUUCCCCCCUCUCUAUAUAUUACUUAUUUGGGUGCUUGUCCAAUGCUCUCUAUGAUUAUUUGAGUGUUCUGUGUGCUUAUUUGGGGUUCAAUUUGAGUGCUUGUCCUAUAGUUCAAAUUAGGGCUUAUUUGAGUGCUUAUUCUAGUGCAUGUGAUAUUUAGUUUUUGGUGAAAUAACUUUUGGAAUUUUAAAGGUAUUGCUUGGAACUCUUUUUCUGUCUCUGUUGUUAUGUGAUUGUGUAUUUAUUACAUGUAUGUUGUGUUCUGUUGAGUGGAAUCAGUUAUGUUUCCGGGAAUGUAUGGGAACCAUGUUGGAUAAAAAUGUGAUGUAUUCUGUUGGUUGAGCUCUUGUUAAGGUCUCUUUCUAACUUAAAAUACAAAGUACUAUAUAGAACCAUAUCUGAUCCAUUAAUGUUGCGAGAUGCAUUCUCUCAAAUCCACAAAUAUGACUCGCUUUAGAAACCGUUGGGUACGGUCAAUUUUAUCACUGUGUACUUCACUUUUUCUAGUUUUUUGUGUUUUGGUGAAGUUGUUCAGGUAAUGGUAAGGGUUGAAACAGCUGCAGAGGGAGCGAGCCGAUAGUAGGAACUUGUUCAGGUGUGUUCUGGAGCUGAGGAUGAAUGGGCUGGCUUUCUUAUGUCUAAAAGAGCUUCAGGAGCUGAGGAUGAAUGAACUUGCUUUUGUCUUGCCUGACAGGGGAGCUGAGCAUAUUGUCUCUAAUUUCAGUAACAGAGAAAGCCUUAUGUGUAUCCAAAAUGAAGGAAAUCAUUUGCAAUUAGGAGCUAAAGAUGCUCUUCUUAAUAGCCUUCUUGUUGCAGCUAAAAAAUUCAGCUCAGGUCCCCCACAGAUUCUUCAACUUACUUGGCAGGCUCUUUUGGUCAUUGUUGUACUAGAAAAGAAUGCUCUUUCUGUUAUGAAAAUAUUUCAGUAGUAGUGAUGCUUCUGUUGAUUGAUUUAAUCCAGUGAUCAACUGUCAUGUACAUUGGAAUGUGCAUUUUUAGCGUGUUGGAUAUCCAAGACCAAAGUACAUAUAUUAGGCGAUGCUUGUAUGGCCAAGAGCUUUUGUCACAUACACCGAUGGUUAUUGAGUUCCUACUAAAUGAAUCUGAGAAAUAUAUUGAUGGUGUUGUCCAACUACACGAAAGGAAUAGGAAGCUUCUGCGAUGCUUACUGAGUUGGGUUCAAGCUGGUUGCUUGUCUGAAAUUUCAGCUCUUUCAUUGCCAGCUCAUCCGCUUCUCAGUUUUGUAUUCAACUCGUUGCAGCAAUCCAGAAGUUUCGGACAUCAUUACAUUCAAGGCGCCACCUAUUCUUCACGUGUUAGUGGAAGAGUGAAGAUAUUUUGUUUAUUGAAAGCAAAAUGAAGUUGUGCUGCGCAAAGCUGUGAGUGGCUAAAGUUGUGAGGCGACUAAACUGAUUUGUUAGCUGCUUGGAUUUGGUUGAACUUGUGUAGCUAAUUUGGUUUGUAGCUAUGUUGAAUUGCUUGGAUUUAUUGGGAAUUUUAAUAUUUUGAACAGUAUAUUUUCAAUUAGUUUUAUGAAAAAAUGUUGCCAUCGAUUCAUACAAUGUUGCAGC